UUUUCAGAGUUAUUAACCACUUGUUAUGACUCUAAUGGAGAGCCAAAUGUGUCGGUCUAUGGAAAACACUCGGCAAAUGAAAUACUGAAUCCCAUCCAAAACUUUACGUAUGAUUUUUUCAAACAAUUUUUUGCUGAAGUCAAGAGUGUAUUCGCCGAUGAAUUCAUUCAUUUAGGCAUGGAUGAAGUCUACUACGAGUGCUGGGAAUCAAAUCCAGAGAUAAAGAAAUUUAUGCACGACUUGAAUAUGACUACAACAGCACAACUCGAACAGUAUUACGUGAAGAGGACCGUAGAAAAUGUCAGAAACAUUGGCUACAAAUACAUGACAUGGCAGGACCCGGUCGACAAUGGCGUAGAGAUGUCAUCCGAUUCUGUGGUACAGCUGUGGAAAGACACAGAAUUGGGACCAAUAUAUAAGUCUUGGGGCGAAUAUAUUAAGCCUAUAGCCAAGAAAAAGUACAAAAUGGACUGGAAAAAGUACUAUAAUUGCGAUCCUCAUAAUUUUACUGGCACGAGGGAAGAAAAGGACUUAAUUAUAGGAGGCGAAGCGUGUCUUUGGAGUGAAUACGUCGACGGAACUAAUCUUUUGGCUCGACUUUGGUAUGGAUUUUUUGAGACU